UGAAUAGAAGGAAGGAUGGUGGGUGUGUGUGUGUGUGUGUGUGUGUGUCGGUCGAUAUUUGUCCACGCCGCUCUCCUCGCUCUGGUUGUGACGUCACAGCUGCAGAGCGGAUGUAUAAAAAGCCUCGCGCGCGUUUGUCGCUCACUGACACUCACUGUGGAAGCGGAGACAUCAAAGACUGAAGCCGCAGCCUCUAAUCUGCUCAACCGAGACAUGAAGCCGCUCUCUCUGCUCCUCCUCCUCUCCUCGGUCCUCCUCUCCUCGCACCUCCGCCCCGCCGCCGGCAGACCGCGCGCCCUCCCUGGCUGGCUCAUGGAUGAGAGCGGCCACGUUCAGGCGCAGCGGCUGGAGGAACUCCUGCGCAGAGUGUCCGGCGUGGACAGCUCUCCUUCCUCCUCCUCCGCCGCUGACCUGCUGCACGAGAACAUCCUGAAGCUCCUCCACAGCAGGAACAACCCCGAGCACGCGUACCUGCAGCCGCCGCAGGAGCAGGCGCAGAGCGACGACGAGGACCUGAGGACGGCGGCGGUGGCGGCGCAGCUGAUAAAGCGCAGCGAGAACCCGCAGCUGUCCAUCAACCUGACCUUUGACAUGCUGAGGGACAUGAUCCACAUGGCCGAGAUGGAGCGGCUCGUGGCGGACAACGACAGAAUUUUCGGCGAAGCCGGGAAGUAAAGCUGCAAUAAACACUGUCCACACAACCGCUGACACACGUGUUUGUUUGUUUGUUUGUUUGUCUGUGCGUGUUUCCUCUGUGCGUCUCCAUUUUACGCACAGUCGGUGCCAAAUUACGCAUCGCAGCCUCGUCCAAAGUAAAUGUGUGAGUGUUAAUUUGAAGACCUUGUUGGACAAAA